AGAUCCGCAGGUUUAUCGUACCCCGACCGGGGGAUCCCCAAGGAGAUGGCCAUCCAAGCCGACAUUAGACGGGUUGCGACAAGUCGUGUGUCUACUGGACCCCAUCCACGUCAUCAGGUUCUUCCAGACCAUCUCGAUUAUGUGCACACUGGGGCGAGGUUGUGGGGGUAUGAUGCAGUUACGGUCAUGGAACCUGAUGCGGGCGGCGUUAGGAGUGGUUUGGACUUGUGA